CCACUUCCUUUUUCUUUGGCCACAUCCUUGAAUCUGAGCAUAGAUCUUCAUUGAUUCAGAUUGCCAUUAUAGAGUUGUGAGUAUAACAAUUGGCGAUGACGUUCCAUCCUGUGAACAUGGCCGAGCCAAUUCAAGCUUUUCUGAAUGCGGAUAUCAGCCAUUGGCGGCAAGUUACCACGUGAUAGGAUUUCUUAAUUUGUGAUCGUGUCGUACCACUUGAUGCUCAUGAUGUCUCUGCAAAUGGUCAAACCGUUGCACACUUGACUCGACUACUAAAUCACCGGAAGCAAUGAGCAGUAAAGAAGAUUUUAGCAGCUUUUGGGCGUUGAUAAUGAAAAUGAAGUCUGAGUGCAAUAUUAAUCCUCCAGCACUUUCCCAGCAGAUAGCUUGUAUUGAGAUUGAAACUACACAGCCUGUUCUUCUCAACAAUGCAGCACGAAAAGAUCUACAAAGAGGCUUCGGAUUCAAGGACUCAAGAUAGGCCCAACCAAGAGGUUGCGCAAAAAAUAUGUCGAGCUCGAAAAUCUACUCAUCCAUCAAGAAGGUGUGCAUCCUACAAGGAUGAUUCUGACAUACAAUCACUGUAAUCACACUUACUGAUUUAUGCAAAAAGACUGAUCAUCAAUGAGGCACUAUCGAUGAAUGUAAUUUAAAAAACUUUAAAAUAACGUUAAAAAGAAGAAAAUGCUGUGUUCUGAACUCCUUACUAGAUUGGCUUUCCUUCUAGUGGUGCCUGCAACCUAGGCAGUUUCAGAGAGGAGUUUCAGAGUUGCUCUGGUUUUAAUAGGCUGGAAACGUAUCCACCGCUAUCCUGGAUACAGUAGCGGCGCUGCAACUGGGGCAGAGCCUGGUGUCUGGCACCGCAACUGCCUGGGUACCAGAGCCUCAUGAACCCGACGAUAAAGUAUUGUAGAUUGCUGCGAUAGCUAAGAAUGAGCGGAUGCAGAAAAUGGGAAGGAAAGAGGCUGUGGACUGAUCUGAUAAGGUUCCUUGUCUUGCUAGGUAAACCAAAACGAGAUUAGUCAUCUUCGAACCUAAGUAAAUUGAAAAAAUCUAUUGCAGAGGUUUGUGUCAGCAACUAAAGAAUUUCAGGGAAUUAUUUUUCAAUCAGGUAAAUUUGUAGUCUACAACCCCCUCCCCCCCCUCCAACAACGCUUGUCUCACCAAAGCCCUGUUAACGAGGCAUGCAAACGAAAACAAUUGAAACUUUCAUUUUAUAUAUAUUAUAGAGAAAGUGCUAUGCCCCUCCCCCUCUUCAUUUUUUGACUCUACACUACUGCAUGCAGCCCAAUGUUCUCUUACUUUAUACCUCCCAUAAAAAAUACAGAUCUAGAUAUCCUUGACACGUGUUUCUUCCCACCAGAUUUCGAUGAAUGCAGUACAGGUGUCCAUAACUGUAACUCUAAUGCAAGCUGUAUCAACGCAUAUGGCUCAUUUUCCUGUCAAUGCAAUCCUGGUUUCGUUGGCAAUGGCACAAUGUGUACAGAGAAUAUCGCUUAUAAGAAGCCGUCCUUGCAGUCAUCAACUUCCAUCAUAUAUCAAAUUCCAUUAGUUGCCAGCUAUGGAAAUGAUGGUUACCCAACUUGGGACUGGGAGCGAUGCAGUGUCACAGAACUGAACUACAGUCCCUGGUGGCAAGUGGAUCUUACAAGGCAAGCUGCAGUCACAUUUGUCCGAAUAAAGAAUGCUGCAGCUUGGGAUCCUGAAAGAAUCAAUCCAUUCGAUGUCAGUGUUGGGGAUGAUAGUUCAAAUGGCGGACAAAACAAUGCACUAUGUGUGAAAGACGGGAUACUGGACAGAGGAGAGUUGAAAAAGUUCGAUUGUCCACAGAUCCUGAUGGGUCGUUACGUCAGUAUCUUUUUGAACAGGCAAGAAUAUCUUCAAGUAUGCGAGCUUGAGGUUUAUGAAGGUAUGAAAAUACUGCUCAUCAUCAAGCAAAAUUAACGUGAUUAAAUGUAGUGCAAUAUAUUUUGACUUCUGAUGAUUAUUGCUUCGGAAUCUUGUUGUAGUCAAUAUUCGGUCAAAGGAGGUUGUAGCUAGGCAGAUUUUGAAUCCAAGAAAACUUGUUAAAGUGCACACAUCUUUAGUCAUUUAGUUAUGAUUUCUUAAAAACUUAAAUCCUAUUUGGAAUCGAGCAAUGUAGCAUACAGGAAGCUGAAGGCCUGGAGUAUCCUUUGUCAUUAAAUUAGCAUGAAUUAUCAUAAUUAGCAUAAUUCAUAAGAAACAUUAUCAACAAUUAUCGCAGUUUAUAUACCGUCAUGGUAGGUCUUAUUUUCUUUGUACCUCAAGCCCCCAAAAAGCUUUUACCGGGCCUAUGCAAGGGGAGCUAAAGCCGAAGUUUGCAUACAACAUAUCCUAACAAUAACUCAAAAAUCUGCUGUCUGCAUUUAACGAAGCAUAACUCUGCUACCUCAAUGGCUUAAAUGUUUUUAUCAAAAGACAUUAUAUGACAGAUUUCAGCUAAAAAUCAACCUUACAAUCAGCCGCAGCCACAUUCUAUCGAUAGCCAAGAUAGUUGGGGCCUAGGGGGUGUGAAUCGCCCAAAUAUUCUGAAAAGGAUUUACAAUUCUUCAAAAGGUAACUCCAACAACCUCAAUAUUCUAAGUCAUUGUGACUGGCGUGAAUCAUAUUAUCCGUGAAUAAACUGAAAAGAACAAUAUCACUUGCUAAAGAUCUCUUCGGCUAUUCUAUUUAUAAUCAAGAAGAAGCUAUUGUUUAAUGAACUUUUACAGGAUGAUCACAGGGAUUUACUCUCUCUCUCUCUCUUUUUCUCUCUCUCUCUCUCUCUCU